AUGCACCAGAUUUACAGCUGCAGCGACGAAAAUUUAGAAGUUUUCACCACUGUGAUUUCAUCCAAAUCAUGUAGUCCUGCCCGAAGACGAGCCAAAAGUACGCAGCACAUCCUAACAAAGAGUGUGGUAGCCGUGUCCGAUCAUCGGCCCCACAGGACGGAGAAGCUGCAGCCCCACCAGGGUGACCUCCUCCAGAUGCUGUACAGCGAAGAUGAGGUGCGGGGCUUGGGCCGCCUGCAGAGCGGGCAGCGGGGACCCUGCCCUGCCAAGGGCGCUGCCCAGCACAUGGGAAUUACUGAACGAGAGUCAUCCAAGUCGUGUAAUCACCUGUUGGAUGGAAAAUCUCUGUUCCCACCAUCGCCAGUUGCCCAUAUCACAGCAAAAGCGGCGGCUGUCACAGACUCGCCCGCAGGUGAUGGCACUCCUACAGACGACCACAGGCAGCGCUGGAGGAAGACGGCAGAGUACGACCUGACCCUGCCACCGGGAGCAGAAGCUUCCCUACCGCUGACGGGAGGCAACCUGUGCGGGACGCCCAGCCUCCUGAGGAAGAUGUGGAUGAAGCACAAGAAGAAGUCAGAGUACCUGGGGGCAACAAACAGUGCCUUUGAGGCGGACUGA